AUGCAUCGAAGCAGAACGAGUGUACUUUCACUUUACGGUACAGUCAUGGCUUGUUCGUCAACUUGUUGCAUGGGGUGUCGAAAGGAAUUUAAAUUGAAGAAUUUUGGAUUUACAGAUGUUCAUCCAGCUCGCUUUGUUCUAUUUCAGUGGCGACUACCUCCAAUCGUCUAUGUCGUCUACAGAAUGUUCUUGGCUGUAUACGCAGACUUUUGGCUCAUCUAUACAUCAGUAGAGUUUGCUGGAUUUGGAACCGCAGAUUCUGACAUCAUCAUUGGAAACAACUCAACAGAAAAUGGAACCAAAAACGGAACGGACGUGAUGGUGAUUUACCCAUGGUACGCCUACCUGACCAACUGGACCUAUCUGAUGCUGUGCCUGUACCUGACAUGGCACUUCUUUGUGACAGUGGCCUUCUUUCUACAGAAUCCCAUGCCAUUUAAUAACCGCCCGGAUCCAGACUGCCAUCAAAAAAUGUUCUCCGAGAUUCGGUCGUCCUCUUUUUACACCGCCACUGAAUACAGGGAAGUAUCCUCGCUUGAUCCCGUUCUCGGUAAUGAAACUUCAGUUCUUCCCUGGUAUUUCAAGAUGGUUUGGGUUCUGUUCAGCAUUGCAAGCGUGGGAUCGGUUUUGGUCACGUUGGUCUUUUUUAUUUUUCUUUGGCCAUUGUUUGACACUUCAAGCAUUGGCAUGAUGAACCUUCAGCUCCAUGGAAUAAACUCAGUAAUUAUAGGAAUAGAAGUCGUUCUCAGCGCUGUGCCUUGCAGACUCUACCAUUUUGCCUAUGCUUUACUCUAUGGAAUCACAUAUCUUAUUUUCUCGGCCAUCUUCUAUGGAGCUGGAAACACUGAGCCCAUCUACCCAGGAGUUCUAGAUUGGAGAAGGCCAGGACAGACCACUCUAUUUUGCCUGAUUUUGGGCUUUAUCGGUAUGCCCAUUCUUCAGUCAUUCUUUUUCCUUGUCUACAAGAUCAGAAUGUUCGUCUACAAAAAAUUGGUUAAUGACAUUACUUUGGAGGGAAAUGAUGAUGAACAGAGAAAUAAGUUUUCUCAAUACACAAUGUGACUUAAACAAUGAUUAAAUCAAAGACUGGACUGCUAAAAAAAGGUCAUUUGUACAUUAUUUUAUUGAAUUAUACAUUUCAAUGGUAUGCCAAUAAUUCAGAUUUACUUCGGGGGGGGGGGGGUAAAAAAAAAUUGUUAUUUUUAUUAACCAUUAAUAUUAUGAAAAUGGAAAUCUGUUGGCUAUUUCGGUAUAACUUGAAUUCAUUAAUUCUGGAAAUGAUUUGGAGUCUAUAGUCAUCAGAUUUAUUUUAUAUUGACUGAAUUAUUUAAAGCAGGGCUGAAAUGAUAAUUUAUAGAACAAUAUUUAUUUAUGGAAUCAGGACCUAAAAUAAAUAGAUUAAUUAUUUCAAUAUUUAAAUUGAAGAACAGAAGACAUAUCAUUCUUAAAAUAAUUUUUUUUUCAACUUGUUCAACUAGUUUUCAUUCUAUUAUUUAAACAAAAUGCCAAAGUCAUAUCCAUAAUUACAUUGAUUAUUCAACCAGUGUAUUUCCUAUGCAUCCUAUGCAAACUGAUAUUGAACCUUUUCAUGAAAUGCAAUUUUAUAAUUGGUUUUGUUGCAAAAGAGAGUGAUCUCUAAGUGUUUCAUUUUCUUUAUGCAAUGAUUUUAAAUAAAAUUGUAACAGUGUGAAGGACCUCAAAGUUAUUUUUUCUUCUUUGUUAUAAAUAAGGGUAUAAAGUUAUCAUUGAUUUCUAAAUGACCUCAGUUUUUUAUGCAUUCCCUUAAAAUAACAAGUUUAUUUCACCUUUAGAAAUAUUGUCUUUGAGUUUGUUUCUUUGUUGAUUUUUUUUUUUACAUUAAUAUUUAGUAGUCUUUAUGUUACAGCGAUUUGAUGUUAAACACUACUAAUUACAAAAAAUGUCUGUACAUAGUGAGCUGUUUCAUAUUUUGUUUAAAAAUCAUCCCAGUUAAUUAAUUCAUUACAAUACAUUUGUAAAAUUUGUUCUGCAAUGAUAAUGAGGGCAAGUGGGUUGAAACCAAAAAUGGUGUGAUUUUUUAGCAUGCAUUUUUUGUAUUUAUGAUAAAUUUUAUAUAUAAUAUAUACUGUAAAUCAACUUUUAUUUGUGACAACUUUAUUUUUGGAUUUAUUUUGGAUAAUCUAGUCUGCGAUUAUAAAUGUUUGUGACUUAGCCUUAUCCAGACUAGUACUGGUGUUGUUAUAUGGCAAGAUAUAUUCGCGCCAUGGAGGCUUUUGCAAACCUCUUGAAAAUUUCUCGUACGCAAAUAGAAGUUGGUUUACAGGAAUGGUUACAAGUAAAUAUUUAUGCAUUUACAGUGUUAGACUUACAUCUACACAUGCAUGUAUAUAUUAAUAAUAUGUACUUCACCUCAGCAUUUGUUCUGGCAGUAACAUGAUGUAUAAUACAGUAUUGUUAUUGUUUAUAACCUUAUUGCAUGUAGUUGUUAAUAUCAAGCUAGUCAGGGAUGAAUGUUUUAGUCAUGUUCAAUAGCCAUGGUUAUAUAUUUGAUGUGUGCAUAUCUGAUUAAUAUAUACUGUGAAAUCAUAAUUGUUCAUUGGGGGGGGGGGGGGGGAGGGGGCAAUGUUUGUUGCUUUUGUAGGUUUGUCAGUAACCCUUGCCAACAAAUUCACAUCCCCAUGAAAAAAACAUGUAUCUAUAAACAAGCAUAUUUUUGAUAUUUAUUAAAAUUAUAAUGAUUACACUACAAAUAAAAUUACUUCCCGUGAACUAGGGAAUAAUUCCCCCCCCCCCCUUGAACAUUCACCCCAUGAAUGAAAAUGAUUCCACAGUAUUCACAUUGUGUUUUUUGUUAUUGUUUCUUUUUUGUAUUUUUUUUCAUUGUACAUUUGAUAAAUUUUAAGCAUAAUGACUUUCAUUUUAAUGAAAGAUCUUGUAAAUAAAAGUUAUAAGGAAUAGCAAAGGUAUUUUUGGUGCAGGUAUAUUAUUAUAUGGCAGAAAUAUAAACUAGUUAAAGUAGUGUUGUUUCAUGGUUUCCAAAAUUGAGGGGAGGAGGAUUUUAUUAUAGCUGUGUGAAGUUUAUUAAUUUUUUCCUUUUUAAUUAGACACAUAUUUAGCAUUUAGUAACUCAUGUUGGAUUUACAUUGAUUCUCUCCAUUUGAGGGAGCAUUGUUUGCGAAAAUUAAGCUUAGUAGUCGUAGUACUCAAUUUAGAGGCAAAUGACUUUGUUUGAAAUUAUAUAUUAAGUUGAUAAUUUUGUCAUUCCAUGGCUUAUUCACUAUAAGAUCAUUUAAAGAAAGUUAAAAUGUUAUUGAAUGUUUUUAGAUAUAUUUAUAGAUAUUUGUUACAAUAUAAUGAAUGAUAUAUAUAUAUAUAUAACAUGGUUUAGUAUUAUCUUUAUAAUUAUGUGCCUUCUUUUAUACAAAGGGGGUUGAACUAGGUACAUUUUAAUGUUUUUUUUUUAUCUUUUUGAAAUAGAAUUUACAUUGUAUAUACUAUGACUUUGUUAAAAAAAUAUGUAGCUUUCACAAAAUAUCUACAAUAUACUAUUUCUCUCAGGUUUGUUUUUCCCUGAAGCAAGUUUCAUAUAAAUUAUUCAUGUUAUUUUAUCCAUUUUUAUAUAUUUUCUACUUAAAAAGUAAAUUUGUAAGUACAUGUUUUUUGAUAGAAUUUUAAAAUAUUCUAGUUGUAUAUUAGGUCAUAUCAUCAUUGUUUUGUUUGAGAUUUUGUUUAGUUUACAAAAAUAAUCAUAGCCGGAAUUGUUAUAAAAAUAAAAAUAAAAUGACUAACAUGUACCUGUACAUAAGUAUUUACAUGUAAAUUGUUUAUAGAGCUGCAUGUUUACCAGUAAUUAGUAAGAAAUAAAGUAGAAAAUCUGUACCACCUCCAGAAGUACCUGUAAAUGUUAAAUAAAGAGACAAAAUU